CAGUUUUCACUAACAAUAACAAGUAGUACGUACUGAAAACGUUUGUUAUUGUUUUAUUCAUUAAAAUAUUAGUGACUUAUUUCUAUUGAUAAUGGCUUCAGCAUUUCAGCAACAAAUAUUUGCUCUUGACGCGCGAUUCAACGCAUAUAGAGCUCCAGGAAAUCCUAAUUUCAAAACUUUGUACAUUCGCCGAAGAAGUCAGCUGCUCCGAGAAAAUGCAAAAUUUAAGGAUAUAGAGACUAUUAAAAAGUAUAUACAUAUCAGAAGUCAGCUCUUACAAAGAAGAUAUGGAGUACAGGACAAUAUAUCUAUCAGUUCCUCCUCAUCAAGAGCAAGAUCAAGCAGUAAAGCAAGUUUGGCUGUCGAAGACUGUAUCACAAUUAAUGCUAAGAAAAAGAAUGACAUGACAAUAUCAGAGAACUAUGCUUUCACUGGAGUUCAUCAUAUAUUUGAUCAGCACACAGAUCAAGUGAGCAUGGUGAAGUUCGCGAACAAUGACCGUUCAAAGCUGUGCUGUGCUUCUCACGACGGCACUGUGUCCAUCUGUGACGUCACCGCCACCCCGCCACGGGUCGCCUUCGUAUUAGACGGACACACCCAACCCGUUACUGGGUGCGACUGGUCAGCGUCCAACGAGCUGCUGGUGACCUGCGGAGGCGACGGGAUGCUAGUCCUGUGGGACGUGCCGCGUCGCCGACAGCUUCGUGCCGUGCCUGACCAGCUGCAUGCGCCGCUCAUGUGUUGCGUCUUCCAGCCCGCGAAUAACAACAUGGUCAUUGCGGGAAACGCGCGUGGUAUGGUGGAGGUCCUUAACAUCUCAACCGGAAUAUAUCCCCGAGGUGGCAGCAGUAUUCUGGGUGGCAGAGUUCUGUCGAUAGCGUGCGAGUCUAGCGGCCGAAUGUUCUGGGCAGCCAAUGAUAAGGGUGUGAUAGUGAGCUACCGCAUGUCGGGCGCGGGCGGGUCGCUCAGCAAGCUGCGGCGCUGCUCCGUGGGCGGCGCCGUCACCUGCCUCAGCUGGAGCCCCUGGCUGGCGCGACACCCCGCGCUGUUGGUCAGCGCGGCCACCGACUCGCUCUACCUGUUCAGGAUCACGGACCGCGAGGGUAGCCUGAGCCUCAAGAAGCGGUACGAGACCAGCCACCGCUCGCACAGCGUCAAGUCAUCGUUCUGUCCCAUCAUGUCGUUCCGGCGCGGCGUGUGCGUGGUGACCGGCUCCGAGGACGCCUGCGUGUACUUCCUGGACAUCGAGGGUCACGACGACCACCCCGUAGUCAACAAGCUGCAAGGUCACGCCCAUCCAGUGUUGGGUGUCAGCUUCAGUUACGACGAGAGUCUCCUGGCGACCAGCGACGCAUCCGGCCUGGUCAUCAUCUGGCGACGGGGCUGACGAUGUUGCGAGCAGUCAUAUCAGGAAUUGACAACGACGAUGUUCUCCACGUAUUUCAUAUGGCAGGGGGUGGGAAACUGAAGCCACAAUGUGCAAUCCACACUUCGGGUUGCACUAACAUUAACAUUAUUAAAAUUCCUCAUGAGAAAAUCAACACUAUUAAGUAAAAGAUAAGCCGUAGUGUAUAAAUAUGAUAUUUUAACUGAUUUUAAAUUAAAUGUAAAUAAAACUCUCUUAAUCACAUA